GUAAACAUGACUUCCAAGCUGGCUGUUGCUCUCUUGGCAGCUUUUGUCCUUUCUGCAGCUCUCUGUGAAGCUGCAGUUCUGUCAAGAGUCAGUUCAGAACUUCGAUGCCAGUGUAUAAAAACACACUCCACACCUUUCCAUCCCAAAUAUAUUAAAGAACUGAGAGUGAUUGACAGUGGCCCACAUUGUGAAAACUCAGAAAUCAUUGUAAAGCUUUUCAAUGGAAAUGAGGUGUGCCUGGACCCCAAGGAAAAAUGGGUACAAAAGGUUGUGCAGAUAUUUCUAAAGAAGGCUGAGAAACAAGAUCCGUGAAACAACAAACACAUUCUCUGUGGUUUCCAAGAAUUCCUCAGGAAAGAUGCCAAUGAGACUUCAAAAAAAUCUAUUUCAGUACUUCAUAUCCCGUGUAGACCUGGUGUAGGAUUGCCAGAUAAAAAUACAGUAUGCCCAGUUAGAUUUGAAUAUUUUUUUUUUUAGAUUUGAAUAUUAAGUAAAACAAUGAAUAGUUUUUUUCUAAAGUCUCAUAUAUGUUGCCCUAUUCAAUGUCUAGGCACACUUACAUUAAACAUAUUAUUCAUUGUUUGCUGUAAAUUCAAAUGUAGCUGGAAAUCCUGGAUAUAUUUUGUUGUUGUUACAUCUUUCCACCUCACCUACAGGCCAGGAUGCAUGAGUCCCUUUUCAACCUUGCCUUGGUCUCUUCUUUAUUCCUCAACUGGAGAAAAGGUGUCAGCAAGCAUCCUACCUCACAGAAAUAUGAGGACAAUGGAAGCACUUUAACUUUUUCUCAUGUUGUCUAAAUUAUGUUCAAGUGAAACUUGUUUGCCUAUUUAUUAUUUAUGUAUUUAUUUAAGAAACAAAUAUGGGAAUAUCUGUGCAUAAAUUUGGAAAAAUAGGAAAGGAAGCAUUGUUGAUAAGUUAAUAUAAUGAUGGUAGUGAAUUUAUAUUUAUUUUGGUAUUUAGUGAUGUUAUAUUAAAGAACUAUUUUGAACAAGGUUGCUAGAUUUAGCAAAAUUAAAAAUGAGAUACUCAUUUAAUUUUUAUUUCAAACAAUAAUUUUUUAUUAUAUUAUUAUUUAUCUGAAAUUUCAAUUGAACCACAAUCCUACUUUUGAUACUCCUAGUCUUGUCUAUUCACUGACAGCCUUGUUCAAUGCUGGGUUGAAUGAUCAGAACCCUGAGUUAGAAUUGUUUCUCCAAAGAGCAAAAACUCGACAAGCAAUAUUAAUGAAGUAAUUUCUUGCCAGUUAAAAUUUGUAUAUUUAUAAUAUACAAAUAGAUUCUUAUAAUUUUACUUAUUGUGUUCUUAAACACUGACUUUUUUGACUUUAAGAUGCUUUUAUAUGUUUCCCCAAGAGAUUUUUUUUUCCUCCUAUUUUUGAUGCUAUGGAAAUAAAAAUGUAAAAUAUUUAAAAUAAAACUUAUUGUCAAAGUC